AGGGCUGCCGGAGCGGAGCCGGGUGGUGGGCCGCGCCGGGUGGGUGGGCAGGGGCGGCGGCAGCUGCAGCCCAGACCCGAGCUGAGCUGUCCAAGCCGGAGCUGUCCGGCCCGCGCUGCUGCUGGUGGCGGGGCGAGGGCCAUUUCUCAGAGGAAUCAAUCUCUAGGAAGAGGAGCUCGGUGACUCCGAAACACCAAGGCGCUGUUAGAAAGAACUGCAUUGCCUCGUCAAAGCCUCAGGUCAUCCCGUGGAGUAGGAGCCCUUGUCUUCUUCACUUCAGAGGAACGUUAGCAGCAUGGCCAGCGUGCUGUCCCGGCGCCUCGGCAAACGGUCCCUCCUGGGAGCCCGCGUGUUGGGACCACCCGGGGCUGCCCCACCACCGGAGCCUCAGGCAGAGCUGCUGGAGGCUGUGGCUCCCCAGUCCUUCUACGCUUCCAAGGACACUUCCUGUCAGGAGCAGCCCAAGGAAGUCCUCAAGGCUCCCGCUGCCUCAGGCCUCCAGCAGGUGGCCUUUCAGCCCGGGCAAAAGGUGUACGUGUGGUACGGGGGUCAGGAGUGCACAGGACUGGUGGAGCAGCAUAGCUGGGCAGAGGAUAAGGUGACUGUCUGGCUGCUGGACCAGAAGUUACAAAUCUGCUGCAAAGCGGAGGAGGUGUGGCUGGCUGAGCUGCAGGGCGCCCUUCCCCAGGUGCCCCUUCCGGAGCAGGGAGCCCAACAGGUGCAAGCCUACAGGCCUGUCUCCAGGAACAUUGACGUCCCAAAAAGGAAGUCCGACGCGGUGGAAAUGGACGAGAUGAUGGCGGCCAUGGUGCUGACGUCCCUGUCCUGCAGCCCCGUCGUGCAGAGUCCUCCUGGGGCAGAGGCCAACUUCUCUGCUUCCCGCGCGGCCUGUGACCCAUGGAAGGAGAGCGGCGAUGUGUCGGACAGCGGCAGCAGCACCACCAGCGGACACUGGAGCGCGAGCAGCGGUGUUUCCACCCCCUCGCCCCCCCACCCGCAGGCCAGCCCCAAGUACCUGGGGGACGCCUUUGGUUCUCCCCAGACUGAUAAUGGAUUUGAAACUGACCCGGAUGCUUUCCUGUUGGAUGAACCAGCUCCACGUAAAAGAAAGAACUCCGUGAAGGUGAUGUACAAGUGCCUGUGGCCAAACUGUGGCAAAGUUCUGCGCUCGAUUGUGGGCAUCAAGCGGCACGUGAAAGCCCUCCACCUGGGAGACUCCGUGGACUCUGACCAGUUCAAGCGGGAGGAGGAUUUCUACUACACAGAAGUGCAGAUGAAGGAGGAAGCUGCUGCCGCUGCUGCUGCUGGCACCCCCACUGCUGACUCAGCCCCCACCUCCAGUGUGACCAGCCCGCCCCUCGCAAUCCUUCCACCACCUCCUCCCAAAGCCCAGACCUCGGGCCCAGAACACCCCGGCCUGGAAUCUUACCUGCCCUCUGGUGCUCUCAGCAAGUCAGCUCCUGGCUCCUUCUGGCACAUUCAGGCCGACCAUGCAUACCAGGCCCUGCCGUCCUUUCAGAUCCCCGUCUCGCCACACAUCUACACCAGUAUUAGCUGGGCUGCCGCCCCCUCCACCACCUCUUCCCUCUCUCCGGUCCGGAGCCGGUCGCUAAGCUUCAGCGAGCCCCAGCAGCCAGCACCUGCCAUGAAAUCUCACCUGAUUGUCACUUCUCCACCCCGGGCCCAGAGCAGCACCAGGAAGGCCCGUGGGGAGGCUAAGAAGUGCCGCAAAGUGUACGGCAUCGAGCACCGGGACCAGUGGUGCACCGCCUGCCGCUGGAAGAAGGCUUGCCAGCGCUUCCUGGACUGAGCCCCUCCCACCGGCUCCUUCCCUUUGCUCCUGGCCCUGAUGGCCGCCAGGUGACAAAAGGCAGACCUGUGAGCCCUCAGCAGACACCUGCAGAGAACGAAUGGACCCUGGGAGUUUGGGCUCAGUUGGUUAAGGUUUAAUACUUCAAACCUUUUUCCCUCCCUCGUGGGAACAUUUUAUUUUUUUAAAAAAAGAAAUGAACAUAUUUUUUUUUCCCUCAAAUAGGAGAGAGCCAAAACUGACCAAGGGUAUUCUGCAGCGAACGGAGACCAAAGAAUUAAUUAGCCUCUCUUUCCCAUAUCCCCUCUCUCCAGGGGAUUUAGUUUGUAAGCCUCAGAAGAAGGAACAGCUCAUUCUGUUUCCUGCUGAGCUGGUGAAUUCUUUGCUUUCUCAACUGGUCCAGAAGGGACUGUGAGCAAGAUGGAUUUACUUUUCUUUCAAAAAACAUUUCUGGCUAAUGACUCAGAGCAGGGCCCACCUGGAUGGGGUGGGAAGAGUUGGGGUAUCUGGGCGCUUUUGAAGGUGCAGUUGGCCCUUCUCCCCCUGAAUCUGGAGAAUGGAAAUCGUGUUCUCAGCUGGCAGCCUCCCUGGAAGUCAAAGGAAAAGCUCUGGGGACAACCAUUUGAAUCUGGGUCCCCUCAGAUGCUGAGUGGUGUCCCAACACAUAUUGUGUGGCUUCUGAAAGCCCAGACUAGCAGGGUUUUAAAGACUGGCCCCAAUAACUGAGCCAAAAGGCUAAUAUGAAUUCACUUUUUGAAACAUGGCAGUAAAACACUACCUUGAUUUUCUUUCCUCUUUUCUCGAGGGAAAAAAAGCGAGAGGGUUUUGGCGGCUGUGGGAGCUCUCUCCUGUUAUCCGUGGCAUGGAAAUACAGCAUCUCUGCAACACUUUGUUUUCUUUUCGGACGGUGUAUUUGGAAGCCUUUAGCUGAUUAAAGUUCCCUUUUAUUUGGGUGGUAGGUUGUGCUUUGUCUCUGGUUUCACCGGGAUUUCCCCACUUCCCUCCCAAGGCUGCAGGCGGGGCUGGUGGGGAAGGAGUGAGAAGAGCGCGGAUAGGUAGGUAGGUAAGUGGCAGCUUGCCCCCACUGAGAUGGAAGGAGUUGACAGUCUCUCAUUGUUUGACGGGCUCACCUUCCCCUUUGGGAGCAAGAAGAUCUCCCUUAGGUGACGGGUAGGACAGGGCUCUUCAGUCAAGGCAAGAGCCUUCUGGACUUUGGCCAGUGUCAGUCCAGUCUGGGUGACGGGGAGGGUCACUGCGAUGUGUUGGAACCUUCCCGGACCCGCUGAGGGCCCUGCUGCCUGAAGGCAGGAUGAAGAAGGUUAAAGAGAGUGCUGAGGAAAUAGAGUGAGGGGCCUGGGGUUGGGUUCACAGCUCCUGGCGCUCCAGCCCCCGGUGUUCCUGGAGGUCUCGGGAGUGGAGGGGAGCCCGGACUGCAUUGCUCGGGAGCACAGCUGGUCUUGUGGGGAAGGAGAGAGAUGUGUGGGGCAUAAUGCCUUGCUGGCCAGUGGCAGAUUGGGAGGGGUGAGCUGGGUCCUGAGGGCACGUGUGUGUUUUGGAGCAUCACAGUAACUGCGGGGACCCCUUGGGGCCUGUGUGACCGGGACCACUGGUGCCCAGCUGCCUUGGACCUAUGUGCUCGGUCUCAGGGGCCCAGGGAGCCCCACCACGCCACCUCUCUGGGGACUGAACAGCAGCAUCCACCCUUUGGCUUUCACUGAGGUCCAGGUGGAAGUACCUGGCAAUUGGAAGCCUACGUCUUUCAGUCUGAGACAGGUGGAGUGUAGAAAACCUGCCCACUGAUGAAGAGGGAGGGGUGCGGUUUGUGAAGGGUGAUGGGGACCUGGGUUUGGCGACUGAAGGGAAAGACAGUUCUGCACAGGUGUCUUUGGUGGUGAUGGGCUGUAUUUUUACAACUUAGUGAAAAAACACAUGUGGAAGCUGUCCCUCGGUAAAGCUCAAAUCCAGGCCAGCAAAAGGCGCCCGGGGUUCUUCCUCCUGUCCCUUCAGCCUCCCUGAGAAUUAAAAGUGGAUAGCAGUCCGUUGCUUGUCCCCACCCUGCUCACUUCCCACGCUGUCCGUUGUCAGGUCUGGAGGAGGGGAGGGGGCGUUUGAGACACAGGGGCUCGGCCCGGCAGUCCCUUCCCUUCCCCGGGAGCAGAGCUCUUGCCGAGUCUUGUCUUUAGAAAAGCUGUUUUUAUUUUCCCUCUCGGUUUGGAUCGUGUAGAUAUAACUGGAUAUACAGAUUUUCUUUAAGGGAGGUAGGCUGUUCAUGUCCUUGGCACACAAGGCAGAAAAGGAAGGGAGAAAGAAGAAAUUGACAAAAGAGUGGAAAAACUGAGGUGGAUUUAUUUUUUUUUUAAUGUUUUGUUUUGGUGCGGCUUCCCUUUGUGCAUCUGUUCCGCUCUUCUUUUUGGUGGCGGUGGCUUCCCUGGCUCCCCUCGUCCCUCCCCUCCGUCUCGUGGCUGUUGUGUUGGUUCUUGACGUGUGGUCUGUCCUUGGGGUCACCCCAUUCAUUUCCUCUCGGAGGGUGGGGGUGGUUUGUGGACUGAUCCAGCGAUCACGCCUGUUGUUUUCAUCUGUUUCUCUCUCCCUACUUCCCAGCCCACCUGGGCAGCAGAACCUGAUGGAAGGUAAGAUGCCCAUUUGAAACUAACAGGGCCGAUUGUCAGAAGCAGUUAUCUUGGGAAACUUCAGGCCAGUGGUGUUGCCCUUAGUCAACACAUUUCUUGGAAUGACUUUGGGAGCCUGCGGUGCCUACUGGGUCCAGCCCCACUGAUGCCGCCUCUGCACCAGGCUCCAUUAGCCCAGAGCGAGACCCCACGUGUCGGUGGUCCGGCGAGGUCCCAGGUGCAAAGCACCGCACUGAUAAGUGGGUGAAAGGGCUUGGCCGUGCAGGCGAUGCCACAGUUUCAGAGAGUGCUCUGGGCGAUGUCCACGUUGUAAUACUAAGCCUCUGUAGCUCGACUACUUGAAGGGCAUGAUUAAUUUAGAUGUGGAAGCUCUCAUUUGUUUGAAGAAAUCUGUCCUGUUACUUUCUGGUCCUCUCAGGUUCUGACUUUACCAGGGGGGUGAAAGAGAGAGAGGGAGAGAGAGGGAGGGAGGGAGAUAAAUCCCAAAUCCCAUCUGUGAAUUUGUCUUAUUGGCGCCUUUUCCCCCAGCUGUCUUCCAAGUAUUAUUUUUACUGUUAAAAAGUUUUUUUUUAAUGUGAAAUGUAAUGUUUUUACAACAACAAUAUGAAAUAUAUUUUAUAAGGAAUAAAAUGGUACCUUGUCUGA